ACCCGUGCGCAGCCAACUCGGGGCCGAAACUUCCCGGGGUCCCGCGGCCGGCUGAAGAACGCCUCCCCCAGCCGCGACCCGCCGAGCUCGGGGUCCCGGCGCCCGGUACCCGGCGGUGGCGGACAGCGCGGAGACCUGGGGCUGGCCGGACCCCGCAGCCGGGAGCCCGGCAGCGGAUGAGGAGCGGCCGGCGCGUGGAGCACAGGCUGCCCGGCAGCUCCGGGCCCGGCAGAAAACCUGCGAGUUGUCUGUGUCUUUGAGGAAAGGAGAUAGAGAUGAAGCUGGGGUCUGGAAUCUCCAAGGUCUCCAUCAGCAAUUGAUGCCCAAAUAAGGGAGCUCUGCUUUGGAAGAUGUUGGUCCCAGGGUACUGGGACGGGCUGAGGCUGACCAUGCCCAGCCUCCCUUUGCUGUUUACUGCAGCUCUGCUCUCCAGCUGGGCCCAGCUACUGACUGACGCCAGUUCCUGGUGGUCACUAGCUAUGAACCCGGUGCAGAGACCUGAGAUGUUUAUCAUCGGUGCUCAGCCUGUGUGCAGCCAGCUUCCUGGGCUCUCCCCAGGCCAGAGAAAGCUAUGCCAGUUGUAUCAGGAGCACAUGGCCUACAUCGGGGAGGGAGCCAAGAUGGGCAUCAGGGAGUGCCAGCACCAGUUCCGACAGAGGAGGUGGAACUGCAGCACCGUGGACAACACAUCCGUCUUUGGCAGAGUCAUGCAGAUAGGCAGCCGGGAAACCGCCUUCACCUAUGCUGUGAGUGCUGCUGGUGUGGUGAAUGCCAUCAGCCGUGCUUGCCGAGAGGGUGAGCUGUCCACUUGUGGUUGCAGCCGGGCCGUAAGGCCCAAGGACUUGCCACGAGACUGGCUGUGGGGUGGCUGUGGGGACAACGUGGAGUACGGCUACCGCUUUGCUAAGGAGUUUGUGGAUGCUCGAGAGCGAGAGAAGAACUUUGUCAAGGGCUCAGAGGAGCAGGGCCGAGCCCUCAUGAACCUACAGAACAAUGAGGCUGGUCGCCGGGCUGUGUAUAAGAUGGCUGAUGUUGCCUGCAAAUGUCACGGGGUCUCAGGGUCCUGCAGCCUCAAGACCUGCUGGCUCCAGUUGGCCGAGUUCCGAAAGGUGGGAGACCGUUUGAAGGAGAAAUAUGAUGGUGCUGCCGCCAUGCGCAUCACCCGCCAGGGCAAGCUGGAGCUGGUUAACAGCCGCUUUAACCAGCCCACCCCAGAGGACCUGGUCUACGUGGACCCCAGCCCUGAUUACUGCCUGCGCAAUGAGACCACAGGCUCGAUGGGCACCCAGGGACGCCUCUGCAACAAGACCUCAGAGGGCAUGGAUGGCUGUGAGCUCAUGUGCUGUGGCCGUGGCUAUGACCGGUUUAAGAGCGUCCAGGUGGAGCGUUGCCACUGCAAAUUCCACUGGUGCUGUUUUGUCAGAUGCAAAAAGUGCACUGAGAUUGUUGACCAGUACAUCUGUAAAUAACUGUACCUGUGCCCCUAGCCCAUUCCUCUCUGCCUCACAAAGUCUAUAUUAUAUAAAUAUCUAAAUAUAUUUUAUAUUUGUAUAAAUAAAUGGAUGGAUGAUAAAUAAUUAAGAGAAGAAAAUGGAAAAGAAGAGCUUAUUUAAGAGACCCUGGCACUCUGAGGACUGGGCUUUGCUGGUAAUCUAUACCAAGUGGGAGAGAGAAGAGGCUUUUCCCCACCCUUGGGCAAGGACUCUCAGGACAUAGGAGCUUGAGACUAUCUGUCCACAAUAGCCUCCAGGAGAGAGGCAGUGGUUAGCUGAUGAUCUUGUUUCAAAUGUGGAGUCCUUUUUGGGCAGAUGAGUGUCUGUGACCCUGGCUGGGGUACACAGAGGUCCUGUGGAAGGUGGGAAGACCUCACUUAAACCCUGAGGGUACCUAGGUCUUCUCCAGAAUGGAGCUGGCUACAGUAAGGGACAGCAUACCUGUUCUCUUUCUUAUCUGAGUGCAUAACUGCAGGGAAAGCUCCUUCCCCAAUAUAGGGGGAAGUCCCAUGUCACUCUGACAGGUGACCACAACGGAUCUGUGCCUCCCUGGACUCUGGAUGGACCUAUCUUUGGGUGAGAUCCUGUGAAUUUCACAAGCUCCUACCACAAGCUUCUAUACUGAGAGGGAAAGGGUCAUUUUACCUGUCAUGCCAAGAAAGGUGUAAACCAAAUGUUGGUACCUGAGCUGUAACUUGGGACUGAGUGCAUGCUGCACUGCCACCCUGCACAGGACAGGAGACUGUGCUUGCUGCUGCUGCUGUCACUCCUCUGUCAAGGGAGGUCUCAGAAACAGGACAUGCUGGCAGGUCAGGGCCGGCUGCCUGUCCUGGCCUCAUUUCUGCCCAGCUGUUCAGUGUCUGUCUGACAUUAAAUACCCUUUACCCAA